AUGUCCCCUGUGUCCCUGCUCCUGCUCUCUCUUGCCUUCACUGGCUGCUGCGCCUGGGGUGACUGGGGACGCUUUCACCAUAACCCCAUGUUUGGCGGGAUGAACAGGUUUGGCGGUCAAGGUCAAGGUUUCCCCGGGAGAUUUGGAGGUCCAGGUUUCUUCGGCAGAUUCCCCGGCAGAUUCCCAGGUCAAGGUCAAGGCUUCCCAGCUGGUCCGGCUACUGGACGAUCAACGCCCUCCGUGUGCAGCGGGAAGGGCACUCUGGGGCAAAGAUUCGCCGUCAACAUUGGGAUCAACGACGCUGACAACGACAGUUUUGUCGCGGGCCCCGAAAUGUACAACGACUUCAGAAACAACUACGACACCAACAAAGACGGCUGCGUGACUCUUGCCGAGUGGGAACAGCGCUGGGUGCAGGGACUCCUCUUUUCCAAGGCAUUCGCCGAUAGCCGUUGGGCCGCUCUGCAACCAAGCAACAACACCGCAUGCCCCGUCACCUACGCCAGUUUCCAGAACAACACCAACAUGAGAAUGCCGUUGGGCGGUUUCAUUUCGGGCAAUCUGCAAACUCUCGUGGACACGUGCAAGAGCGACAACUCUCUGCUCAUCUCCAACUGCGACUGUCUACAGUUGUUGGGCGCUUGUGUGAACGACGCUACGCUCAGCGCAAACUCCGUGUGUCAGGCGUACGUGGCUCAGCCAGUUAAUGCCACCACUACGCCCGUCCUAGGUUGAUUGGGACGUCAAAGACUAGAGUACCCACCUCCGUUGUUUUAGCACCUGCUAAUAACCCCCCCCCCCACCCCCUUUCCUCGAGAAAUAAAUUGACUACACGAUAGAGUUUUAUUGAGGGUUUUCACGAGUUGUGAUAUAUUUCUGUGGAUCCUGCAGUAAUACAUUAAAAAGAAAUAAAUGUUAUGGCCAAAAUAAGAU